GAAAAGAGAGGAGAGGGGCAGAGGUGUACAUAGGCAAAGAAGAAGGGCAAAGAGGAAAAAAGGGUCAAGGAAGAGUCUUUUGAAACCCCACCCUAAAAACAAACAAAUACACAGAGGGGAUUGUAUUCGAAUCCAUGGCAGGGUGGACGGAGGUAGCUGACGGAGGCGAUCUGGGUUGCGUGGAGCACAACGAGUCCUUGGCUGACAUUGAACCGCUUUCAACAGGGUCUGGUCUGGAGGUUGAAUUUGGCCAACUUCGGUGCACGUUUGAUGAGAUUCUGGGAUCGUUUCUGGAGGAGGUCUGUGCCAGAGAUUGCUUUUGGUCGUUUCCUCCAAUGCUUGGAAAUGGGCAGUCGGUGAAUUUGUUUAAGUUGUUCUUGGCUGUCAGAGAAAGGGGUGGAUACAAUGUUGUUUCAGAAAAUGGGUUGUGGGAUUCGGUGGCUGAAGAGUGUGGGUUGGGUUUGAUUGGAGCCUCAUCAAUUAAGUUGGUUUAUGUCAAGUAUCUGGAGGCAUUUGAAAGAUUGUUGGAAAUAUUAGUAGAAAGUAAGGGAUUAAAGGGCAAACAAAGUGAUACUGACCUAGAAUUGAGCAGUGAUUUGAUGGGGUUGAGUAAAGACCUUGAAGGUUUCUUGUCCGAACUGGAUAAGAAAAAUGUUGGGAACCCUCAAUUGGAAGCAAGUUUGCUUUCAAACUCAGAUUCAUCUAAGAAAAGUGUUAGUGGUGGUGAAGUUGUUUCAACUAAACGGGUUUUGGAUUUUGGAGAAGUUGGGAAGUUGCAAAAUGAGGAUGAUAAGGUGAUGGUCGAUGUGAAGAAUGUUGUAGUAGAAGAUUGUGGUGAAGGCAAGUCAUGUGCUAUUAGUGAUAAUGAGAAAAAACCCUGUUCUCAUAAGAGAAAACGAGAUUCUAUGUUGGGGAUGCUUAAUUGGGUCACUAAGGUUGCAGAGAAUCCAUGUGAUACAAUUGUAGGCUCAUUACCAGAGAGGUCAAAGUGGAAUUCUCAUGGUAGGGAUGAGUUUUGGAAGCAAGUAUUAUUGUUUAGAGAAGCUACAUUGACAACAAGACGCAGUGCUUCAAGUGCUCAGCAAUCCCAUUGGCAGAAAACGCAGAAAAUGCAUCCUUGCAUGUAUGAUGAUCAAACUGGUUCUGCGUAUGAUCUCAGAGAGAGGUUAAGCAGCACCAAGAAGAAAACAGCAUCUAAGACACAUGCUUGUUCUAGCAAACAAACUGAUUUGGAGGAUGACAACCGAGUGGAUGGAACUGGUGAUCCCGCUUCUGCAGGUUCAGUCUUUGACUAUGAUAUUGACUACCAAAUUCCCAUUGGGCCAGAUUUCCAAGCUGAGCUACCAGAGUGGACUGGUUCAGACUAUAAAAGUGAACCUAAGUGGUUGGGUAGUCGGAUAUGGCCACUGGCGAUAAAGGAUCCCAAUGUUCUUAUUGAAAGAGAUCCUAUUGGAAGGGGAAGACAAGAGUCAUGUGGCUGCCAGUUUCCUGGGUCUAUUCAGUGUGUCAAAUUUCACAUUGCUGAGAAAAGGUAUAGAGUGAAACUUGAAUUGGCUUCAGCUUUCCGCGACUGGAAAUUUCAUAGGAUGGGUGAAGAAGUUGCAUUUUCUUGGAACACUGGAGAUCAGAAACUGUUUGACUUUAUUUUGAAGAACAAUUCUCUGUCCCUUGAUCGGUGUUUCUGGGAUCAAAUAUACAAGCGACUUCCUAACAAAAGCAGGGAAGAUCUUGUUAGCUACUAUUUCAAUGUUUUCAUGUUGCAGAAAAGAGCAUACCAAAAUAGGUAUACUCCAAACAAGAUUGACAGUGAUGAUGAUGAAUCAGGGCAUCCCAUUUUACUCACUCCAAAGAAAGUACGUAAAAAGUCCAAGUAGUUCAUUGGGUAAAUAUGACGUACUUUUUCCUAAAUAUGUAAAGGACAGCACUUUGGAUUUUUUUUUUUUUUUUUUCUGAGGGUUUUCUUGUUCUGUGAUUCAUGACAAAUUGGAGUUCCUUUCUUGAUUCAGUUUUGAGAUCUGAAAACAUAGCAAUUAGAGGUAACCUUCUUUUUCUGGAGGGGUAAUUCUGAAGAGAGAACUUUCAAAAGCUUUUUAGUUGCUAAGUUUAGCUGCUUCAGUGCACUAUUGAAGCAUUUUUGCCUUAUGCUCUCAGUGCACUAUUAAAGCAUUUUUGCCUUAUGCUCUCAGUUUUUGAGGUAUACUUCAUGUUCAAUUUCCAUAAUUGCUAAUGUCAAGUACAGGUACUCUGCUU